AAAGAAUCAACCUUGGAGAUGAUACUUCCAACAAAGCGAUGGUCCGGAUAGAUCUUCUCCCACCGGAGAUUCUGCUCGAAAUCCUAUCAAGACUUCCGGUCACCUCUCUGAUCCACUUCAAGAGCACUUCCCAUGCCGGCCGUAAUUUAAUCUCCGAUCCAAGACUUCCUCAGAUGUUCGGUAAUCGGGUAAGCAACUCAAAUCCAUGUCUGAUUGUGUUCAGCUACAAUUCCCCUGCCCCCCGGCGACUCUAUUUUGUGGAUAGUGAGGGUUGCAGUAGAAAGGUUAGGAGAAUCGACGCACCACAGCAUUCGAAAUUUUAUAAUCUGGUGGGUUCUUGUAACGGGCUGUUAUGCUUAUCCAUUCCCAUAAUCGGUGGUUCAUCGGUGUCUCACAUGUCUCCCAUGUCUCACAGUCUGCUAAUUUACAAUCCUUUUGUUGGAGACGCUGUGAGAGUCCCACCAGCGAACCGAUUUCUGAAUCAAAGUGAAGUUUUUGGAUUUGGGUUUCAUCCAAGGACGGGAGAAUUCAAAGUGGUGAGGAUUUUGUGCUACGAGAAGAUCAUGACGGUAGCAGAUCCGGAGCUAGUUGUGGAAGAAGUGAAUGAUGGAUUCACAACCGUUUAUGAAUCAAUGGUUCAGGUGUUUACCGUAGGAACAACAGAGUGGAGAAAGAAAGGAGCUCCGCCUCCACAAUUGACGGAUGAAAUUGGGCCACCUGAGGCUCUAGUUGAAGGAUCUCUCCAUUGGGUGACUGAUGUUGAGCUGGGAGGAGUCGGACUUAUCUAUGGUAUUAUCUCCUUCGAGCUUGCAGAUGAGGUGUUCGGAGAAAUUCCGCACCCACCUUGUCAACGAUUUGUGUCACGUGACUACAGUCUCUCCGUGCUCAAUGGGUGUCUAUCGGCAGCUGGGUUGGUUGAUACUUGUCAUUUUGAUACCUGGGUGUUGAAGCAAUACCGUGUUAAGGAAUCUUGGGUAAAACAAUUCUCCUUUGAUACCUAUGUUCCAGGUGGAUGGCCAAGGUUUUUCACAGUUAUAUGUGCACUGAAGAAUGGUGAGAUUCUGUUGCAGAAUGAAGACAGUUCUCUGGUUUCUUAUGAUCCUGUGGAAAACAGAUUCAAGACUCUUCAAAUCAGUGGGUUACCAAAUUGGUUCCAGGCACUUCCUUUUCUACCUUCUCUUUUCUCAGCAAAGGCAACCAUGAAUUUGCAACUUUAACUCUCUCUCUUGCAUCAACCCUUUUUCUGUAAGACUGUACUACUAAUUUUUUAGUUUUUGUUGAAUCUUUGAUCGGCAAUGCAUCAAUAACAUUUGUGUUAUUUACAUCAUCAUGGAUGACCUCUGUUGUACCCACCUGACUGUUAUCUGCCUUUUUCUCGAAAAGCAGAUCUGAAGAACGGAGAGAUUGUGUAAGAGUAUAACAAGUGUUCUAAUGCUUCUCUUGGAAUGGUGAUUGAAGAUUUUGCUUUCAGCUGGGUGGGAAGAUUCAUAAGAGUUUUAUGUUCCAAAGAACGGGAAGAUUGUGUUGGAGUGUAACAAGAAAGCUCUGGUUUCUUAUGAUCCUAUGAACCCCAAAGAUCAACCGGCUCCCGUAGCAGUUCAUAGCUUUUACUUUCCAGCAUGCUCUGUUCUCAGUAAAGGAAACCUUUGAAAUAAUCUUCACAAGAAUCACAACUCUUCUUUAGUAUACGGAUAUUUAAUUUCCUCUUCUUUAGUCAAGCUUCCAUUGUUUAUAUAUUGAUUAAUUAAUCAAAUUUUUUAGUUAUU